AUGAGCCGUUUACUAAGUUUACGGACACUAGUUAUUGCUGUUGUGUGUGUCUUGUGCAAGGGUGCAGAGCUCCUUAAGGAGGCCAUGUUGCACACGGUACUAUUUGAGAACUACAACCCCCGAGUGAGACCAGUGUCGGAUAGCAAGAUUGCUCUGAGUGUGGAGGUUGCCAUGUAUUUGUUGAGAAUCACGGACCUAAGUGAGAAAAACCAGGUUCUGACCUCGAGCAUUUGGAUGGACAUCCGAUGGUACGAUGAACUUCUAAAAUGGAACGAGUCAGACUAUGGAGGUGUCUCCUCCCUUUUGGCCGACAAGGACAAAAUCUGGACCCCCGAUCUUCUCGUUCAAAACGAGAUUGGAAAUAAACGGGGAAUAGGAGAGACAACUCUGAAUGAUCCGAUUGUGAUGUCGGACGGUCACGUGACGUGGUGGCCCGGGAAGGAAAUUAAGACAACAUGUAAGGUGGAUUCGACCAAAUACCCAUUUGAUAGCCAGUUCUGUGAAAUUGAAAUUAGUAAAUGGUAUUCCAACGAUAAUGUAUUGAAUAUCACUUAUACCUACCCAAGUGUCGACCUCGUACAUUACGAGCAAAGCGAGGAAUGGGAAAUACUUAGUGCCAUUGUAAGGAAACACCGCCAUUUUGAAGCCAGUCAAAAUUUCUCCAGAAUCAAAUACGGAAUGACGUUACAGAGGCGCCCUUUGUUCUACGUUCUAAACAUCAUGGUCCCUCUUAUCAUUCUGUCUUUACUCAAUCAACUGUGUUUUAUUCUACCCAUCGAGAGCGGUGAGAAAAUUGGAAUGUGUAUGUCGAUAUUUUUGACCUUCGUUGUAUUUCUAACCUUGAUCAGUGAUACACUUCCUCAGUCAUCAAUCCAUAUACCCAUAUUUGGAAUGUACCUGGUGUUCCAGCUCGUGAUCAGUGGUUUGAUCAUAGGCCUGGAGGUUCUCGUUCUCUUCACGUAUCACAAACCACAAAAGGAGAUCAAAGAUCGCAAUACGCAGGUGUGUAACUGUGAUAACGACCGAAUUAGUCAGGUUAAUAGUGACGAUCAAACGGUUAACAAAGUUGUCCGAAUUAAUACAUUAACGCAUAAUGAAUUCUCCCUCACCAAAGCGCCACCGGAACCGGAACUUAACGGAUCACACAAAGCAGCCAAGCUGAACAGAAUUCUGGGAUAUAUGGUCCUAGGGGUGAACACGUUCACGCUAGCGCUUUUGUUCAUUGUAUUACACUCUUGA